CACGUCCCGACGCAACUCAUGGCCGAGUACUACGCACAGCGUGCCAGCACGCCCGGCACACUCAUUAUCAGCGAGGCGACCCCCGUCGCCCCACAGGCAGGUGGAUAUCGACACGUCCCUGGCAUCUGGAAUGACGAGCAAGUUGCCGGCUGGAAGCUCGUUACGGACGCCGUGCAUGGUCAGGGGUCCUUCAUUUAUCUGCAGUUAUGGGCCCUCGGGCGAGCGGCCAACCCAGCUGUCCUUCAGGAGGAGGGAGGAUAUCCCUACAUCUCUGCAUCCGACGUGCCACUGCAGGGCAGGCCCUUCCCACCGCGCCCUUUGACUGGGGAAGAAAUCAAAGAGUACAUCAAGCUCUACGGCGCGGCAGCAGAGAACGCCGCUCGCGCUGGUUUCGACGGUGUCGAGCUGCAUGGGGCCAACGGCUACCUGAUCGAUCAGUUCACUCAAGAUGUUACAAACAAGCGUACAGACGAGUACGGUGGUUCGAUGGAGAAUCGGGCACGGUUCGCGCUUGACGUGCUCGACGCGGCAGUCAAGGCGAUUGGCGAGAGCAAGGUUGGCAUCCGGUUCAGCCCAUGGAGCAAUUUCAGCGGUAUGCGUAUGGCGGACCCGAAACCUGGUUUCAGCUUCCUCGUGUCGGAGAUCGCAGAACGGUGGCCAUCGUUCGCCUAUAUUCAUCUGAUUGAGCCCCGAACGGAGGCCGAUCGAGACAGAGUAGUCGGGGAAGGAGAGUCAAAUGACUUCCUGAGAGAAAUUUGGGGUCAUCGGCCGUUCAUCAGCGCCGGUGGCUACGAUAAAGAGUCUGCAUUCGAGGUCGCCGAGACGAAAGGCAGCCUGAUCGCUGCCGGUAGAUUAUUCAUCUCGAAUCCUGACUUACCGGUGCGAUGGCAGAAUGAUAUCCCUGUCGACAAGGGUGAUCGUUCGACGUACUACAUUGUCGAAAGCCCGCAGGGGUAUACCGACUACCCUUUCGCUGAUGGCUCAGUUGCUCCUGAGCGGUUCAAGAAGCUCCCUAACUGAGAUCCUUACUAGUAAGGAUUUAAAUUCAAUUUCACUCUAUAAGCGAUAUAAAUUUGGAUUCUCGGCCUGUUUUUCUCGUGUGUCUGCAGGCCCUGAGCGCGGUCUAGAACAGGUCUGUCCAGACUGUCCCAGACUCGCGGGAUAUUUUCGCAUCUUGUA